AUGGCCACACACAAGUGUAUAAAAUCACCUAGCACCUAGGCAUGCAGACUGCUUCUACACACAUUUGUGAAAAAAUGGGUCGCUUUCAGGAGCUCAGUGAAUUGAAUCGUGGUACCGUGAUAGGGUGCCACCUGUGCAAUAAGUCCAUCCAUGAAGUUUCCUUGCUACUAAAUAUUCUACAGUCAACUGUUAGUGGUAUUAUAACAAAGUGGAAGAAACUGGGAACAGCAGUAACUCAGCCACAAAGUGGUAGGCCAUGUAAAAUGAAAAGAGUGGGGUAAGCGCAUGCUAAAGCGAACAGUGCGCAAAAGUUGCCAACUGUAUGCAGAGUCAAUAGCUAAAGACCUCCAGACUUCGUGUGGCCUUCAAAUUAGCACAACAGUGUAGAGAGCUUCAUGGAAUGGGUUUCCAUGGUCGAGCAGCUGCAUCCAAGACUUACAUCAUCAUAUGCAAUGCAAAGAGUCAGAUGCAGUGGUGUAAAGCACACCACCACUGGAGUCUAG